CGCAGCACGAGCCAUUCCACUCCGACAACCAUGUCUUUUAGAAAGAUCGACAUCGACGCAUAUGACGAGGAUGUCCUACUGGAGAGUGAACUUUGUGAACCAGAUUCACGCGAUCCCGCUCAGGUCUUGAGCGAUGCGAAACAGAAGCAGGCAGCAGUCCGGAGCACAUUAGCCAAGGGGGACAUACCAGGAGCUCUGGCAAUUGCGCUGGACAGUAUACCAUAUGGGCCAAAUGUCGAGGAAGCAAAGAACCUGACAUUGCAGACCGUUGUUUCGAUCCUGAAUAGCACGAAAUCGUCAGAGAUACACAACGUCGUGAAAGCGCUUACCCAGGAUUCUCAGGACACUUUGAUGAAGUACCUUUACAAGGGUAUGGGGAUGCCGGGGUGGGGUGAUGUGAGCGGCAGUGUGCUCUUGGGGUGGCAUGAGAAGCUGACAGAAGUUGCCGGCACCGGCUGUAUCGUACGAGUAAUGACCGAUCGAAGAAUUGUAUGAAUGAGCAUACCGCUGCUGCUAAUCAUGCAUCAGGCAUACAUAUACAUUUACGAAGAAUUUCACAAGAUUAGAUCAUGACGAAUGGCUAGUUGUUUAUAGCCUGAAAUGCACUUCAAGUACGUUCUAUGACACUUCGUUAGAACAAUAAGUGAAUUGUAGUUAGAACUAGUACUAAUAGUGGCUCGUUCAGGUUCUUGAAUUCGGACAUCUUUUUCUUUCAGUGUAGCGGUUCAGGCUGUCGCGCUUCAGAGGAAAGCGCUGGCUUUGUGCCCGGUCGGUCACACACAUCGGUCUGGGUCAUUAAACAACCUCGCGAAGUCGACUCUCCUCCCGCUUUGACCACCGAGGCAACGACGAAGACUUGGAUGAGGCUAUCGCAC